AUGAGCCCAUCGUACACUGAUCUAAAGCCUCUGGUUCAUGCUCUAAUUGAGGCUAAUCCUGACAGGAUUAUUUGGGGCAGUGACUGGCCGCACACUCCUCAAAUGAAAGUUCGAAGUCAUGAUGAAGCUCUUUCGGAAACUCCAUUUCUCAACUUCGACGAUUUGACGUGGCUAAAGGUCCUCAGGUCCUGGCUAACAGAUGAACAGUGGGACAAAGUUAUGGUGAAGAAUCCAUCGUCCUUGUAUUUUUCUGAUGAUCGGGACAUAAGCGCAACAGAGGUGUGA